ACGGGCCGAGCUGCCGGGGGUUUGGGACAAAGGUCGGUACUCGCAGGCAGGAGACAGUCUGCAGGUAUCGGAGCUCCGUGCAGGUCUGCUCUGCUCUCCCGACGGCCGGCCACACCUGACACGCAGGUUUCUAAGUGACGUUUAUCCACCUGAUAUUCCAAGAUGCCGGAACUCACGGAAAAAGUCACGAAGUCUCUCAAUAAAACCACUCCGGGGCUUCAAAUAUGGAGGAUCGAGAAUAUGGAAAUGGUUCCCGUGCCGGAAAAAACCUUUGGAAACUUUUACGACGGAGAUUGUUAUAUCCUCCUAAUGACACACAAGACCGGGAAGAAUUUCACUUAUGAUAUCCAUUUCUGGGUUGGGAGAAAUUCCUCGACGGACGAACAAGGAGCGGCUGCCAUUUAUACCAUCCAGAUGGACGACCACCUCGGAGGGGUGGCUGUGCAGCAUCGGGAAGCCCAGGGUUAUGAGAGUGACGUCUUUAAGGGUUACUUCAAACAGGGGGUUGUUUAUAAAAACGGGGGAGCAGCCUCCGGGAUGAAGCAAGUGGAGACCAAUACAUAUAAUGUCAAGCGUCUCCUACACGUCAAAGGGAAGAAGAAUGUUCUGGCAGGAGAGGUACCCAUGGAAUGGAACAGUUUCAACCGAGGUGAUGUUUUCCUGGUGGACCUCGGGAAAGCAAUAAUCCAGUGGAACGGACCCGAUAGCAACAGGACGGAAAGACUGAGGGGUAUGAACUUGGCCAAGGAUAUCCGUGACCGUGAGCGUGGCGGGAGGGCCCAAGUUUUGGUGGUGGAAGGGGACAAUGAGGAGGCUUCCCCUCAGCUCAUGGAGGUCCUUACCCAGACCUUGGGACAGAGAAAGGAACUGAAACCGGCCAUUUCCGACGACGUGGUGGACACCGCUGCGAAAACGUCCAUCAAACUGUAUCAGGUAUCAGACUCAAGCGGCAACAUAAUGGUGCAAGAAGUGGCCACCCAGCCUUUGACCCAGGAUUUGCUGAGCAACACUGAUUGCUACAUCCUAGACCAAGGAGGCAGUAAGAUCUUUGUGUGGAAAGGAAAGAACGCUUCAAAAGAGGAGAGACAACAAGCCAUGUCUCGGGCGUUGAAUUUUAUCAAAGCCAAAAACUAUCCUCCCUCCACCAAUGUAGAGGUGCAAAACGACGGGUCGGAGUCCGCGGUGUUUAAACAGCUCUUUAAAAAGUGGACUACAAAGGACCAGACCGUGGGGAUGGGCAAGACGAGUACCGUAGGGAAAGUGGCCAAAGUGGAACAAGUGAAAUUUGACGCCACCACCUUGCACGCCAACCCUCAGUUAGCCGCUCAGCAGAAGAUGGUGGAUGAUGGAAGCGGAGAGGCAGAGGUCUGGAGAAUAGAGAACGUGGAAUUGGCUCCAGUAGAGAAGAAAUGGAUCGGCCAUUUCUACGGCGGCGACUGUUACCUGAUUCUUUACAAAUAUCUCAUCAACAACAAGAAACACUACAUGCUCUACAUUUGGCAGGGUCGCCAUGCGAGUCAGGACGAGAUCGCGGCGUCCGCCUAUCAGGCGGUGAUUCUGGAUCAGCAGUACGGCGGGGAACCGGUCCAGGUCCGCGUAGCAAUGGGCAAGGAACCGGCCCACCUCAUGGCGAUCUUCAAGGGCAAUAUGGUGGUGUACGAGGGUGGUACAUCCCGCGCGGACAGCACAGAGCCGGCCCCUGAGGUCCGCUUGUUCCAGGUGCAUGGAAGUAACGAGUACAACACUAAAGCCUUCGAGGUACCGGUCAAAGCCUCUUCCCUCAAUUCCAAUGAUGUUUUUGUGCUGAAGACGAAAGGGACCUGCUACUUGUGGUGUGGAAAGGGAUGCAGCGGUGAUGAACGUCUCAUGGCGAAGAACGUGGCCGAUAUCAUCUCCAAGGGUGAGAAGGUUGUAGUUGCUGAAGGACAGGAACCGGCCGAGUUCUGGCUGGCCCUCGGGGGAAAGAGUCAGUACGCCAGUAGCAAGAGACUGCAAGAAGAAACCAGCGACAUCACCCCUCGUCUCUUUGAAUGCUCUAAUCAGACUGGGACCUUUAGGGCCACCGAGAUCGCAGACUUCACCCAAGACGACCUGGAAGACGAUGACGUGUUCUUACUAGACGCUUGGGACCAGGUAUUCCUAUGGAUUGGAAAACAUGCUAACGAGACCGAAAAGACAGAAGCAGCCUUUACAGCUCAGGAGUAUCUGAAGACCCAUCCUGGCGGCCGUGACAUUAACACUCCGAUCGUUAUAGUGAAGCAAGGAUACGAGCCCCCCACCUUCACAGGGUGGUUCCUGGCCUGGGAUCCCUUUAAGUGGGAGAACAGGAAAUCUUACGAAGACAUGAAGGCUGAGUUGGGGGAUGAUAAUGUUAUCGAGCAGAUCACAUUGGAAAUUAACGGCACAGAACUGGGAUCCUUCACGGCUCAAACGAAGUUUACGGCCCCCGGGAUGAAGGUUUAUCCCGCAGAAGCCCUGUUGAACAAAACAACAGAGGACCUUCCGGCUGAUGUGGAUCCCAGCAGAAAAGAGGAUUACCUGUCCAGCCAGGAAUUUCAGUCCAUAUUUCAGAUGUCCCCCGGAGAAUUCCAGGCUUUGCCAGAAUGGAAGAAGCAGAAUCUCAAAAAAGCAAAAGGACUCUUCUGAUUUAUUAGUCUUUUUUUGUGCUCCUUUGUUUAUAAUGGUUCCUAUGCAACCCAUUUCCCAGCAGAAACCCACCAGAGUAGGCUAAAGAGUGCAAAAAUAAGCAAAUUAACUCUCCACAACUCACUGUGCCGUGUCAAGGGCCACAUCAGACCCUUUUAGGUCCUGUUACUAUUCCAAGGGGUGCGAGUAUGGAAGACAAUGGGGUUUAGGCACUAAAGGUGAAAGGAGUUAUGGUUUUAACUCCCUCACUUCACCAUUCAUUAUAAAGAAGCUUCAUAAGGUAUAGUGAAGUCAAAGAGCUGCAACGCUGCUCUGCCUUUAGUGAAUAAAGCCCAUUGUCGUAUGUCCCUUCUGAAAAGAGUUGAUUUGGCCCUCGAUAAUGUAUAGGCAAGAACAAAAAUGGAUUUACCCUUCCGCGGCGUCUUCCCUGCAUUAAAAGGCGUAUUAUUUCCCGCGGCUCCAUGUCUUAAAGGCACAGCUUCCAUAGUGCAAAUGGGCCUAGGCCAGGAAAGGUCACUGGAAUAAACCUGAAUGAUCCAUGGCAGACAGGAGUGGGCCCUCUAGCUGCUCUUGAUUGCAACUCUCAUAACACACAGGCAGCAGUGAGUGAUAGAACGCGGGAAACUGCCUAGGAAAGCCGAGGAACAUCUUUAGACACCAGAUAGAAGCACAACCUUCAAACUGUAAAAUAAAAAGUAUCACAACAUCAGUAUAAGUCUUUAGGUUUGUUUUUUUUUUGUUUUUUUUUUUUAGAAUUUGACCAAUCAAGUGUCAAAACGUGAUACAAGAAAUGUAAAAAUUUCUAAUAUUGCAAAGUAGAGCGGAAAAGAUGAAUGUGAAUUAUCAACAUUUUGUGAACUUUGCCAAACGGCAGGAACCACCUUUUCAAUAAACAGAACAAAACAAAAA